AAAGCAUUUAGGUAAAGCUUCAUUUUAUUUAUAGAAUUAUAUAUUCGGAUGCAUGUAUAACAGUACUAGGCUACCAAAUAAAGUUUUCCUUAUCAGUUCUUUCAUCUUUGAAGAGCUGGAGAAGGAUGCUGGUGGCCCAUGCCUGGGCUAUGAUCUUCAAAGUUUAGAGAACCUGAGAGAUGCGGAGGAGCUGGAGGAGGAUGGUGGUGGCCCAUGCCUGGGCUAUGAUCCUCAACGUUUAGAGAACCUGAGAGAUGCGGAAGAGCUAGAGGAGGAUGGUGGUGGCCCAUGCCUGGGCUAUGAUCUUCAAAGUUUAGAGAACCUGAGAGAUGCGGAAGAGCUGGAGGAGGAUGGUGGUGGCCCAUGCUUGGGCUAUGAUUCUCAACGUUUAGAGAACCUAAGAGAUGCGGAAGAGCUGGAGGAGGAUGAUGGUGGCCCAUGCCUGGGCUAUGAUCUUCAAAGUUUAGAGAACCUGAGAGAUGCGGAAGAGCUGGAGGAGGAUGGUGGUGGCCUAUGCCUGGGCUAUGAUCCUCAACGUUUAGAGAACCUGAGAGAUGCGGAAGAGCUGGAGGAGGAUGGUGGUGGCCCAUGCCUGGGCUAUGAUCCUCAACGUUUAGAGAACCUGAGAGAUGCGGAAGAGCUGGAGGAGGAUGAUGGUGGCCCAUGCCUGGGCUAUGAUCUUCAACGUUUAGAGAACCUGAGAGAUGCGGAAGAGCUGGAGGAGGAUGGUGGUGGCCCAUGCCUGGGCUAUGAUUCUCAACGUUUAGAGAACCUAAGAGAUGCGGAAGAGCUGGAGGAGGAUGAUGGUGGCCCAUGCCUGGGCUAUGAUCUUCAACGUUUAGAGAACCUGAGAGAUGCGGAAGAGCUGGAGGAGGAUGAUGGUGGCCCAUGCCUGGGCUAUGAUCUUCAAAGUUUAGAGAACCUGAGAGAUGCGGAAGAGCUGGAGGAGGAUGGUGGUGGCCUAUGCCUGGGCUAUGAUCCUCAACGUUUAGAGAACCUGAGAGAUGCGGAAGAGCUGGAGGAGGAUGAUGGUGGCCCAUGCCUGGGCUAUGAUCUUCAACGUUUAGAGAACCUGAGAGAUGCAGAAGAGCUGGAGGAGGAUGGUGGUGGCCCAUGCCUGGGCUAUGAUCCUCAAAGUUUAGAGAACCUGAGAGAUGCGAAAGAGCUGGAGGAGGAUGAUGGUGGCCCAUUCCUGGGCUAUGAUCUUCAAAGUUUAGAGAACCUGAGAGAUGAGGAAGAGCUGGCGGAGGAUGAUCGUGGCCCAUCCCUGGGCUAUGAUUUUCUGUGUCCCGGAAAACUGUUGGCUGAGGAAGAGGUCCAGGGUGAUUCUGGUGGCCCAUGCCUAGGCUAUAUCGGCUCAACCUGAAUGUGACAUCAUUCGUCC